AUGGCCACCUUCACCCAGACCCUGACCGACACGGUCGGCAAGCUCACGCUCUCGGGCGAGGACGGGCCGGCGGCGACCGAGGCGCCCUCGUCGGGCUACAAGUACGCGCACCUGCUGCCCGAGUGGCACAGGCAUCUCAAGCUGCCGCCUCUCGAGCCGUUCGAGCACGUCGACCCGGGCCAUGCCGCCCUCAAGGACCCGCACCCGCAGUCGUUCCUCGACGGCGCCAAGGUGCAGCAGCUCACGCCCAACGUCGGCACCGAGGUCCUCGAUGGCGUCGACCUCACGAAGCUCGACGCUCGCGGUCGCUCUCAGCUCGCCCUCCUCGUCGCGCAACGCGGCGUCGUCGUCUUCCGUGGGCAGCAGGCGUUCAUUGACGCCGACCCGAGGUGGCAGAUCGACGACUGGGGCUCCUCCUUCGGCCGUGUGCACAUCCACCCCGUGUCGGGCUUCGCCAAGGACAUCCCCGAGUUCCACCUCGUCUGGCGCGACGCGACCGGCACGAGCGACGAGCGGCACUACGAGGGCCGCAUCAACAACUUGACGGUCCACUCGGACGUCACCUACGAGCUCCAGCCGCCCGGCCUCACGACCCUGUUCCUCUACGACUCGCCCUCGUCCGGCGGCGACACCCUUUUCAUAAGCCAGACCGAGGCCUACAAGCGUUUGUCGCCCUCGUUCCGCUCGUACCUCGAGACGCUCUCGGUCGAGCACUCGGGCUUCGAGCAGGCGCAGCGCGCGAUCGAGCUGCACGGCGCCGACACGGUCAAGCGCGCGCCGGUCAAGCACGUGCACCCGCUCGUGCGCACGCACCCGGUCACGGGCGACAAGGCGCUGUUCGUCAACCGCGGCUUUUCGAGGCGCAUCAUCGGGCUCAAGCAGGAGGAGUCGGACACGAUCCUCAACCUGCUCUACGACCACCUCGAGCGCGGCCACGACUUCUCGGUCCGAGCACGGUGGAGCGAGCCGGGCACUGUCGUGCUGUGGGACAACCGCGUCACGGCUCACUCGGCGCUCGUCGACUGGAACGACGGCAUCCAGGGCCGCAGGCACGGCGCGCGCAUCACGCCGCAGGCCGAGCGGCCGUUCCUCUGAGCUUCGAGGGCGACGAGAAGGGACUUGGCGAGCCAUAGCGCAGCUUGCUAGCCCGUGUUUGAAACAAAGCAGUACCACUUGAGUUUCUCGUU